CGCGCAUAGAAAAAACAUUCGCGUGCGCGCGCUCGUCAUUCUCUCGUUCAAGCGUGCGCGUCGAAGAAGUUUUUUUUCUUUCUUGCAAUGAAAGCUGAGAUUGGAGGAAAAAAGAAGACGAAAAGGGUUGAAGAGGAAUGCUACGUGCUCUUUGCAAACUGAUUUAUAACGACUACAUAAUCCCAAACAACUGCUAGAAAAACAGAGAAUAGAGGAAACAUUUUGGGGAAAACUACUGCAUUUUUUUUUUCUCCGAAAAAAUAAUCCUCCCCGCGUAUUGAGUGGGGGCUGGUUAGCAGAAACCGGGACGGUAAAGAAGGAGAGAGAGAGAGGGAGGGAGCGAAACAGAGAGAGGGUCGAGAGUUGUAAAGCCAAUAAGCAGUAUGUAGCUGGUACCAAACUUUCGCCCACAGGAGUCUGAGAAUCCAGCUCAAAUUCAAACAAAAGCAGUAGUCGAUCAAAGAAGUCCAUUCCCUGACCGCGGGAGAUGUUGCUGGGUGAGUCGCUUCGCUGCGGCGGGUCGGGGUCCCCAGCUCGGCCAUACUCGGGUCUGUUUCCCUGGCGGGGAGGGGGGUUCGUGUUCCUGCUCCUGCUGGAGGCAGCCACUUGCCUCGCCAACCCCAGCGCUCCCACUAUCAACAGCAAUAACAACAACCAUCCCAGUGUCAACGUGUACAUGAGCGAAGAAGAGGUCAGGAAGCUUUUAGGUCUGGAUGCUGAACUGUACUACGUGAGAGAUGAUGUUAUUAGCCACUAUGCGCUCUCCUUCACUCUGCCGGUGCCCAGCGAGACCAACAGCCUGCACUUCACAUGGCACGCCAAGUCCAAGGUGGACUAUAAGCUGAGCUUCCAGGUGGACAAGCCCACUGCCAUGGACCUGCCUCAGAGCAACAUCUCAGCAAGGGGAGAGGUCCCGUGCACACUGUCUGUUUUUCGAGUGGAUCUGUUCUGUUCGGGGAAAGUGGAUGCAGAGGUCACCCUCAUCAUACAGCUCAACCUGACCGUUAACAACUCCAAGAACAUCACAGUGCUCAACUUCAAGAGGAGGAAAAUGUGCUACAAAAGACUUGAACAGGAAGUGAAAGUGCCGCAGUUUCCUAGCAGUAAGAACAGCAGCCUGCCUGUGUUCGAUGGGGUGAACGCAGCCCCCACCACCUCUACACGCGUCUUCUACAUCAGUGUGGGGGUCUGCUGCGCUGCCAUUUUCCUGGUGGCCAUUGUCCUGGCUGUGCUGCACCUGCACAGCAUGAAGAGAGUGGAGCUUGAUGACAGUAUGAGUGACAGUGGCAGCUCCCAGGGUCUUUCCCAGCCCUCCACACAGACCACCCAGUACCUGCGGGCCGACACCCCCAACAACGCCACUCCAGUCACUAACAAUCAACCCGGUUCCACCCCGAUCCUCCAGCUCGCUGCAGCCACCUCACCAAACCCCGGUAUCCCCUCCCACGAAAUCAAAAGCUCCUCAGGUUACCCAACGCUGCGCAUCGAAAAGAACGACCUGCGCAGCGUCACGCUGCAGGAGGCCAAGGCCAAGGUGAAGGACAUCGCCAUCUCCCGGGAGAGAAUCACGCUGCGCGAUGUGCUGCAUGAAGGCACUUUUGGGCGCAUCUUCCACGGCAUUCUCGUUGACGAGAAAGAUCCCAGCAAGGAAAAACAAGUCUUUGUGAAAACAGUAAAAGACCAUGCCUCAGAGGUGCAGGUGACUAUGAUGCUGACAGAGAGCUGUAAACUCCGCGGUCUACAUCAUAGGAACCUGCUGCCUAUCAGCCACGUGUGUACGGAAGAGGGGGAGAAGCCCAUGGUCCUGCUGCCCUAUAUGAACUGGGGCAACCUCAAGCUAUUCCUACGGCAGUGCAAGCUGGCUGAGGCCAACAACCCACAGGCGGUUUCCCAGCAGGACCUGGUGCACAUGGCCAUUCAGAUCUCCUGCGGGAUGAGCUACCUGGCGCGACGAGAGGUGAUUCACAAAGACCUGGCUGCCAGGAACUGCGUCAUUGACGAUGGCAUGCAGGUGAAGAUCACUGACAACGCCCUGGCGCGGGACCUCUUCCCCAUGGACUACCACUGCCUGGGGGACAAUGAGAAUCGGCCUGUCCGCUGGAUGGCUCUGGAGAGCCUGGUCAACAACGACUUCUCCAGCGCCAGCGAUGUGUGGGCGUUUGGAGUGACACUGUGGGAGCUGAUGACUCUGGGACAGACUCCAUACGUUGACAUCGACCCCUUUGAGAUGGCUGCUUAUCUCAAGGACGGCUACAGAAUAGCACAGCCAAUCAACUGCCCCGAUGAGCUGUUUGCAGUGAUGGCAUGUUGUUGGGCCCUGGAUCCGGAGGAGAGGCCUAAGUUCCAACAGCUUGUGCAGUGCCUGACCGAGUUCCAUGCAGCUUUGGGGGCCUAUGUCUGAAAUCGAGGCCCUGGCUUCACAGAAUCCCUCAAAGCUAAACCAGAAACAGGAACACCAAUGGGGAGAGUUCAUCUUCCAAUAAAUAGUGCUUGUGAAAAGAAAGAAAAAUAUCACUUUGUUUUGUAAAAUGUCUUGAGGAUAUUUUUUAUAGAUAAGAUGGUCACCAUUACUUUCCUCUGCAAAAUCCCAAAUGGGAAUAAGUACUCCACUUGUGCUAGGUUUUUAAAAAAAAAAAAAUAAUAAUUUUGUACACAUUGCAAACAAAAGGAUAAUAAAUGGACUUUGCACAGUA